UUUCCUCUCUCUGGUCUGACUUCCGGGCUCAGCUUGUUGUGCUUGUCAUUCGUCAUGGCUGCGGAGGGAGACUUUCUGGCCAGAUACCGUGCUGUAUCAAAUAAACUGAAAAAGCGUUUUCUACGGAAGCCCAAUGUAGCUGAGGCUAGUGAGCAAUUCGGUCAACUGGCCAAGGAGCUGAAGCAACAGGACUGUCUGCAGUAUGCUGCCUUCUGUAAUCUGGCCAUGGCUCGGUGUGAACAGACUCUUUUCAAUGCUCCAGGAGAAGCUCUGGCAUUAACCGAUGCUGCCCGCCUCUUUCUCUCAUCGGAGCAGGAGAACUGGGCCUUGCAGGCUCCUGGCUUUGAUGAGCAUCUUCAGGCCGCGCUUAACUGCUACAGCUUUGCCAUCAAGGUUUACAUAGAGAUGAACCAGCCUGUGAUGGCGGCCAGUCUGUGUCUGGAACUAGGAAAUGCGCUCAAGGAGAUGAAUCGACCCGGUGAGGCCAUCGUUCAUUACCAGAGAGCCUCUGAGCUGCAGUUUCAGACCCCAGUUGAAGCUUUGAUGUCUUUGGGAGAAAUGGCGACUUGUAAAAUUCUCACACGUGACUAUGACGGUGCAUUGUCAGUGUUUACAGAUAUGCAGAUCAUGUGUCAGGAGAAGGGUCUGCUUCUGCCAGGCACCAACACUCCAGUUGGUGCGUUUCUUGACAUUAUGGCAAAAUGUGAGAUCUCCAGAGUUUUGCUGCUGAUGCUGCUGGAGCCUCCCCCACAGAAGCUUUUACCAGAACACGCACAAACACUGGAGCGAUACGCUUGGGAGUCCUUCGACCCGCACAGCCAGGUCUUGUUCCUGCCUGAGAACGUCUUCCUGCUCCUGCAGUCAGUCGUGAUGGCGUGUCAGGAGAAGGACACAGAGUCCCUCAAGUCUCUUCAGACGGAACUAUGGCCACUUCUGACAGCUGAGCAGAACCACCUGCUCCACCUGGUGGUUCAGGAGCGCAUCACACCAUCUGGACAAGGCAUUUAGGCGCCUUCUGUUUACACUUUUUUUUGUCUUCCUUCGGGAACCUUUCUCCUUGAACUAGGUCUGUUUUAAGACUUGUUUUUGUUUAAGGCAGCACCAAUCUGACUUUUAAAAUCAGUGUGUAUUGUGUGUCCUGUUUUCCCAUAAUGAAACUUUAUUGACUGGUGAUGAAGUGUCCCAUGUGGUGAAAUAAAUUCUGAUUUCUGUGUUUUAUAGGAGAUGGAGGCUGCUUGUUUGUCCACUGUAAUGGAAGUUGCUUACUUAGGCCAACAGCUGUCGUGCUGAGCCUUUAUCUACACUGCAGUUUCCCCUCCAUAUUUAUUCUUUAUCUUGUAGCACAGGCAGCUUCCCAUACAGCUGUUAGUCACAUCGAUCGGAUGUGCUCCAGAAUGUUGAGUGAAACGUUUGCAAUGAUACGAAAGUUGACCUCCUAUUUGCAUAAACUUGAGUUGGAUUCCAUCCUAUGUCAUAGUGAGUGUGUAAUUUUAACCUUUUCGCCUCCUCUCCCUACUCUACAUUGUUUCCAGAUGUAAAACUACCGAAUUUUGAAACAUUUCUGCUCCUUAAUGACAGAGAAAUGGUCACACUUUCAGUCAAAAGACCUCGAAACUGCAUCAGCAUGUCAAGGGCGUUUCCUCCUUCACUGCCUUGGAGUUCAACAAGACAGCAUGCGGAGGAAAUGCCCUUUAUUGUUUUCCUUCUUAAGCGAGAAGUAGUGGUUUUAGUCUCUAUGGCAGGGGUCACCAACAUGGUGCUCAUGGGCGGUGAGACUAGUAUUGGAGAGGAAUAUCAUUUAUCAUCCAUUAUCAUGAUUUCAGAAGUGUGUACUGAACAGAUGGUCACCCUUCGGGUCACACAGGAGUAGCUUGCCGUCGCUGAAAGGUUGGUGACCCCUGUUCUAGGGAGAGGCAUCUUCUGACAACAGUGGACCACAAACAAUAAUAAAUAAAGGAGAAGACAUGUAUUUUUUAUAUUUUAUUAAUAAGUAAUAUGGCUUCAAUCCCAGAAUAAUUACAGAUAAAAACUUCUACUGCAUAGAUCUAAUAAAUGAUCAGACAAAAGGUCCUCCACCUCUGGUUCACUGUGGGUUCACAUGUUCAACAUUGCCUGUACUUUGUUAUAGCAGCCAACUACAUGUUUAAAAACUGUUAUACAACAUAUUACAUAGUACAUGGACGAGGAAAAACAAAACCAAUUAUAUUUGGUUAUAAAAAAAAACAGAUACACAAGUGAAAUAAAGGUGUUUCAGGACUCUACUUCCUUCAUCAGCCUUCACACUGUAUUCUACUCAAAAAUAGUAAGAAGUUUUUCGGUAAACGCAACUCCAGCUACACAAAAGGAAUGACUGCAAUAGCUUAAAAAAAUAUAAGAAUGAAUGAAAGGAACAACCACCAUCUAAUCCACUUCAUAGAACAUCCCACGAUUUCAACACAAAUGGCUCGUUGGCAACUUUAGCAAAUCUCAGAUACAAAUUCCACUUUUUUUUUUUUUGCUUUAAUGCCCGAAUUUGAAAACAAAUGCAGUGAUUUGCUUCUUCUUUUUUUUUGUUUUUACUCGCUCUUCUUCCGCAGGACGAGAUAGGUGAUAGCUAAGAGGAAGGUGAAGACAAAAGAGAUCCACGCCAGGACGUAGGAGUGUCCGUAUCCACCUUGCUCAUUGAGGUGGAACUGUGCCGUGUAGAUGGAGGCGGCGAUCAUUAUACACAGACCUGACGCAACUUUCCAAAAGUCACGGCAAGUUGCUUUCCUGACUCCAAACUGGUGCAACAAGUUCAGCUGUGACCUUUAGAGGGAAUAAAAUCAACAUGGCCUUCCCCUCAGACAUGGAAUUCUGUGUUUUACCCUUGUUAAGCUAACUCAAAUUUGAGUAAACAAUUUCAAAUAGAAGCGUAAAGUCACAGUGAUGUCAGACAGUAAAGGGACUCACAGGCCAGGAGUUGUAAGAUGCCGGUGAAGGUGAAGCGCUGGCCUUUGGGGAGCGUGAAGAGCUGCGCCACAAAGACAAACAGGGCCAGGAUGGCAAAGAUGCAGGCCAGAACUGAAGUGGCCUGAACCGCCUGGAGAUACUCUGCAACACAGAAACAAGUGUUAUGAAACAAGCUAUGCAUUACUUUGGAUUUGUUUUCAUCGCCCUGUGUUCUGGAAUUGAAAAGUGCAGGCCCCAAACUAGCGAGCCCAAUGGUCAAUACGUUUUAAAGCUUGACUUAUCUCGUGUCAACUUGAGCUUUUACUGUGCACAUGCAUCACUCCAUCAAACCCCAGCA